AAUUAGUACUAAUUACUUCAAGUCUGCGCCAACGACUUCAAUGGCGAAAAUCUAGCAACCAAACAACCCCAUUUACUUCUUACCUUCUCUCUCCUCCCCCAUCAAUGGCGAAGUUCAUUAAAAAAAUCACCAUUACAAUCUUCCUUCUCCUCUUCCUCAACUUCUCCUUCUUCUCCUUCACUUACUAUCAUCAUCACCCUUCUUCUCUCUAUUCCUUCCCUUUCCCUCAUCACCCUCUUCUUCUCAAUCUGCCUCACAAUACCUUUCAGAUAAUUCUAUCAACCUCUUCAAAACCAUGGCCAAGUCUUCCUUCUCACCUCCCCUGGCAUCCACCUUCAAACUCCAUCUUCUCUUGUGAAGGGUUUUUCGGAAAUGGGUUCUCAAAAACAUCAACAUUGUACUCUCGUCCUAAUUCAAAUUCAAAAUCGAAUAAUUCAUGGUUUGAAUGUCACUGUAGUGAGACACUUCGGAGCUCCAUUUGUGAAGGUGGAUGGGUUUUGAUGGAUCCGAAUAAGAUUCAGAUGUCCAAUGGUGGUGAAAGGAUUGAAGAGGUUAUUGGAAGGUCUGAUGAUGAUGAGCUUCCCAAUUUUGAAAAGGGUGCUUUUCGAUUGAGACGAAAGGGAGUUGGGAAGAAAAAUGCUUUUUCAAAGGAGUUUAUUGAUGAAUUUGUUCAUCAAGGGGAGAUUUCGAAGCAUACAAUGCGAGAAUUGUUUCAAUCUAUGGAAGUUGUUGAUGACGAAAAUGAUUUUCAUUGUUCUAAGUGGAUUGACGAGCCAACAUUGCUGCUGACGCGGUUUGAGUAUGCUAAUGUUUUCCACACAUAUACAGAUUGGUAUAGUGCAUACGUUAGCUCUAGAGUAACCGGCUUGCCAACACGGCCUAAUGUGGUUUUUGUUGAUGGCCACAGCAAGACACAAUUGGAAGAAACAUGGGAGGCGCUUUUUUCAAGCAUUAGAUUUGCUAAAAACUUCACAGGUCCAGUCUGCUUUCGCCAUGCUGUCUUUGCACCUUUGGGAUAUGAGACACCCUGGUUCAAAGGUCUCAAUCAACAUAUAGAUUGUCAAGGGGCUUCUGCAACAGCCCUGUGGGUAAAACCCGAUGAUCACAAAACUGCACGACUAUCUGAGUUUGGUGAGAUGAUAAAGGCCGCUUUUGAUUUUCCUGUUAAAACAACCAGAAACUCGAAAUCGUCUGAAUAUAAUGUACUUUUUGUGCGGCGUGAAGACUAUUUGGCACAUCCACGUCAUGGUGGUAAAGUUGAAUCCAGGCUCAGUAAUGAACAAGAAGUGUUUGAUUCUCUGAAAGCAUGGGCUUCUAAUUACUCCAAAUGCAAUAUAAAUGUCAUAAAUGGUUUGUUUGGUCACUUACCUAUGAGGGAACAAAUUCGAGCCAUCGAGGAUGCAUCGGUGAUUAUUGGAGCUCAUGGGGCGGGUCUUACUCAUGUGGUGUCAGCAUUACCUGAAACUGUGAUUCUUGAAAUUAUUAGUAGCCAGUUUCGGCGCCCUCAUUUCCAAUUGAUCUCCCAAUGGAAAGGUUUGGAAUAUCAUGCCAUUAAUUUACCGGGCUCUUCUGCUAAUCCAACAACGGUCAUUGAACGGCUUAAAAGGAUUAUGAGAAGCAUUGGAUGCUGAUUGCUGUAUAUUGUACCUCAUAUUUAUUCUGCAGAGUAUGGAUUAAGAUUUUAGAAGCGGCUUGACAUGCAACUUCUUUGUGCAUUUCUAGAAAUCAGGAUGACAUCAAAGGAAUAUAAUCAUCGAUAAUUUGGUCGUGGUUGCUAACAAUUCAAAGAACACGGCUUUCUGAGCAACUUUAUGAACAGAGUCACUUCUAUGUGUGUGCCUCCGCGAGUAGCUCUAUGCAAGCCUAAUGUAUGAGUAAGAACAAGAUCAGUUUGUAUUCUUUGACACUACAAAAUUUCAUCUUGGUAUUCAGGUAGGCUUCUACGUAGCUGGAAUUUUGUCCUUAACGUUUAUAUACUUCUAAAUCUUAAAUUAUGUACAGUUGUAACAAGAUAACUUGAAUGGAUGCCAAUUUCUAUAACUGUUUUAUUUUAUGGAUUCCCUUGUCUUCAA